AUGGGUGGGGGAGCCUUGAAAGCUUUGAAUGAAGUUGUCAGUGUGAGAGUGCGAGCAAGAUUGGAGCUUGACAAUGAAGAUGAAAUGAAGUCUUCAUAUCAAACACAGACGUGGGAACUAGCUGAGUUGCCACGGCGUGAGCAAUAUGGAGACUAUCAAGAUUUGAAGCAGCAGCAUGUCAACGGAAGUUCUUCAUACAUGCUUGGGAGAGCUUUGACUUCUCUUGUUUGGGGAAUGGUAGCUGAUAGAUGGGGAAGGAAACCUGUCAUACUUAAUGGCCUCAUUUCAUCGGUUAUAUUUAACACCCUCUUUGGAUUGAGUGUAAAUUUUUGGAUGGCAAUUGUUACAAGAUUUUUUCUUGGAGCCAUGAGCGAUUUACUUGGCACGAUAAAAUAUUCACUGUGUUUCUACAUCGAUGAAAUUGGCGCACUCCUUAUUCAAGUUUUUUGCAAUUUGGCUUUCUUUUCAGGCACAUAUAAGUUUGUCGACCUGAGCAUGAAUCCUUCGGACUGUCCUUGCUUCUAUAUCCUCAAAAGAAAAGAGAUUCUUUCGAGGGGUUCUAACAGAUCAAUUGGCGUCUUAGUUCAGCCUGCAAAGAAGUUUCCAGGAAUGGUUUCUGAAGAAUCAUUUCUAGAAGGUACUUACUUGAAUCUUGGUUGCUUCAUUAUUGCUCUCAUUCUUGCCAAACAUUCAAAUGUUUGCAGGUUUUCUUACUUCUUGCCGUAUUUCAUUAUAUCGCUGUUUGUCGCUGGUGUGCUUAGUGUCUGUUUUUGGCUUCCAAUAUUCUCCCUAUGGGCUGAAAGCGAUAGAAAACUUGGAGGGUUGAGUUUUUCGUAUAUGGAUGUUGGUGAGGUUCUGGCAGUCUCAGGUUUUAGUCUUGUGGUAUUUCUACUGUUUAUUUAUAGGAUGUUAUGA